AUGGAGCUGGAUGAGGCCUCUGAGGUCAGCGCCCGCCUAGGCAGGACCAAGGAUGCAGAUGAUGAACCCUCGGAGAUCCAAGGCCUGCUGGCCCAGCUCGAGACCCUCGACCCCAACCUCUGCGACGACACACCCACCUCAGACUCCCGGCCCUGCCACGGCCUGCUGUUUGCUGAGGCCGACCGGGAGGACUUGCUGAGCCUCUUGUGCUGUGAGGGUGGGCUGCCCGAGGCCAGCACCGAGAUGCCCUUGGCCCGCUCUGACAUCCUGGCUGAGACCAACCUGGAGAUGCUGCAGGCUUGGGAGGAACCGGACGCUGUGGAGAAGCAUGAAGGGCUGGGGAGGCCGGAGAGCUCAGAGGAAGGACCUUCCUGUGGCUGGCCCCCAGAGGCAGAACAGCCACCCCAAGGCAGCGUGACCAACAGGGAACCCCCAUCCUCCUGCCCGGCCUUCAAAGAGGUUCCAGGCCCUUGCGACCCAGAGGAUCUGCUGGAUGGUGUGAUUUUUGGGGCAAAGUACCUGGGCUCCACGCAGCUAGUCUCAGAGAGGAACCCCCCAACCAGCGUUCGCAUGGCACAAGCCCAGGAGGCGGUGGACAGGAUCAAGGCACCAGAGGGGGAGUCCCAGCCCAUGACAGAGGUGGAUCUGUUUGUCUCCACACAGAGGAUCAAGGUGCUCACAGCUGAUACACAGGAGGCCAUGAUGGAUCACUCCCUCCAGACCAUCUCCUACAUCGCUGACAUCGGCUCCCUCGUGGUGCUCAUGGCGCGCCGGAAACUGCCUCGGCGGUCGGAGGUGGCAGAGGAGAAGCGGCUCUACAAGAUGAUCUGCCACGUCUUCCACUCAGCCGACGCCCAGAUCAUCGCUCAGGCCAUCGGGCAGGCAUUCGGCGUGGCCUACCAGCGCUUCCUGGAGGCCAACAGCAUCAACCCGAGUGAGCUGAGCCCUCGCCAGUACAGCCGUGCCCUAGAGGACCAGGAGCAAUACAAUGCAGAGCUGUCCCACUUCUCCCGGCAGGAGAACUGCAAGGAUGUCUGCAUCCGGAAGCAGAAGGGGGAGAUCCUGGGCAUCGCCAUCGUGGAAUCGGGCUGGGGCUCCAUCCUGCCCACAGUGGUCAUUGCCAACCUGAUGCACGGGGGCCCCGCGGAGAGGUCGGGCGAGCUGAGCAUUGGCGAUCGCCUCAUGUCUGUCAACGGGACGAGCCUGGUGGGGCUGCCCCUCACCACCUGCCAGAGCAUCAUCCGGGAGCUGAAGCACCAGACAGAGGUGAUGCUGAAUAUCGUGCACUGUCCCCCUGUCACCACGGCUGUCAUCCGGCGCCCCGACUCCAAGUACCAGCUCGGCUUCUGUGUUGAGAACGGUGUGAUCUGCAGCCUAAUGCGCGGGGGCAUCGCAGAGAGAGGUGGCAUCCGCGUGGGGCACCGCAUCAUUGAGAUCAACGGGCAGAGUGUGGUGGCAACGCCCCAUGAGAAGAUCAUCCAGAUCCUCACACAGGCAGUCAGUGAGGUCCACAUCAAGACCAUGCCGGCCUCCACGUACCGCUUACUGACCGGGCAGGAGCAGCCUAUCUUCCUCUGA